UGAAAUUGUUGAACUUCAACCUUGUUUUUCCUUCCUCAUUCCUCCUUACAUUGUCAAAUUAAUCUUCCCUUAUACAUAAUGGCACUUAAUUCAUUAACACCGCUUUCAAUUAAUUCUUACCCUUCAACUUCAAAGAUUUCAAAGUCCUCUCAAAUUAUCUGCAAAAUUAAUUCAAUCAAGGUUACUAAUGUAGAGUCCAACAAGAAAUGGGGGAAGAAACUGUUUUCAGCAACGUUGGCAGCUGCUGUUAUUGUUUUCAGUUCUGACAUGUCUGCCCUUGCUGAUCUUAACAAAUAUGAAGCUGAUAUCAGGGGUGAAUUUGGUAUUGGAUCUGCUGCACAGUUUGGAUCAGCAGACCUUAGAAAAGCUGUUCAUGUGAAUGAAAAUUUCAGAAGAGCCAAUUUCACAUCUGCUGAUAUGAGAGAAUCUGAUUUUAGUGGUUCUACCUUCAAUGGAGCAUACAUGGAAAAGGCUGUUGCAUUCAAAGCAAAUUUUACAGGUGCUGAUUUGAGUGAUACGUUGAUGGAUCGAAUGGUUCUUAAUGAAGCGAAUCUCACGAAUGCGAUUCUCUCCAGAACGGUCCUCACGCGGAGUGAUCUUGGAGGCGCCGUCAUUGAAGGUGCUGACUUUAGUGAUGCUGUGUUGGACCUUCCACAAAAACUGGCAUUAUGCAAAUAUGCUAGUGGCACGAACCCUGUAACAGGAGUAAGCACGAGAGUGAGUUUAGGUUGCGGGAACAAACGAAGAAAUGCUUAUGGCACUCCGUCAUCUCCAUUGUUGAGUGCUCCACCACAGAAACUGCUCGACCGGGAUGGUUUCUGCGAUGAAUCAACAGGCCUUUGCGAUUCAAAGUAGCUACUCGGAGUAAGCAUUGCUAUCAGACCAUAUUCUUGUAAAUAUAGCAGGGACAAUAAUUGAGGCUAUGUGUGAUUUUUGGAGCAUUCAAAAAAUCAUGCUUAUUGUUUUGGUCAUGAUUUCUCAUUGAAAUUUAUGACAAAACUUGCCAUGAUAUUUGAAGAUCAAUUACUUGUUUAAAUUUGUGUGUAGGCAUUCCUUAAAGAUUACACCCUUUAUUCAUGAUCUUAAGAGAAUAACUUUAAGUAA